AUGAGGGAAUGGAGCUUGGAAAAUGAGGUGGAAAGAUUCGUGAGCGAGGCGAGGAAAAGACAAGAUAAGAAGGACAAAACAAAUGAAGAAUGGAGAAGACAAGAAAAAGAAAAGCUCAUUGAAGAAAAGCCAAAAAAAAUUAAUGGAAAUGAGCUGGAGGAAGAACUAAAAGACAGGAAGCAAAAAAGGUUAAAAAUUGGUAUGAAUGAGGUAGAAAAAGCUGCCACAAUGAUGGAAGAAAACGAGAUUGUUGUGCUAGUGGAGACAUGGGUAAUGGAAGAUAAGGUGGAAAUAACAUGUGAGAGGCUGAGCAAAGAAUUCAAAUGGUGGGCGAAGCCUGCGACGAGAGAGAAACAGAGAGGAAGAGCAAAGGGAGGUCAUAUUAUUGGGAUAAAAAAAAAUUGCAAAUUAAAAUGGGAAGUCAGGGAAUGGAAAUACGGAAUGAUGUUGGAAGAAAGUAAGGAAAGUGAAAGUAUAAUCACAGUGUAUAACAAUGUAGGAAUGAGCAAAUUAGAAACGGAGCUAAGAAGGCAGAUAGAAGAAUGUGCAAACAGGGACGAAAGUGUGAUGAUCAUUGGGGACUUUAAUGCGAGAAUCGGAGAAGAAAACGUAACAGGAGAGGACGAAGGCAGAGUGAGGAAAAAAAGAAAAUCGAGAGACAAGACAGUAAACAGCGAAGGAAAAAAAUUACUAAAGAAGUGUGAUGAAGGCGAUGAGCAAGAAAUAGAGGUAAGAGUGGUGGAAAGAAUAAAGUCAGAUCAUCUACCAGUGUUGGCGAGAUAUAAGGUAAAGACAAAUGAGGAAGAGAGUAAAGAAGGAAGCUGCAUGUCAGAGGAGGAAGAGCAGGAAGAAAUUGGAGCAAAUAAGCUGAUCUGGAAGAAAGAAAAAAUACAGGAGUAUGCAGAAGCAACGCAGGAAGCACUGACAGAAGCAGUAGAGGAAAAAAACGAGCUUAAGUGGGAGGAUAUAAAGGAAAUAGUAAGAAAAGGGGCUGAAAGAAGCUCAAAGAAUUCAUCAAGGAUAAUAACAAAGAAAAAAAAAGAAAUCUGA